ACACACAUAGGGUUGUCUGCUCUUGUUAGAACAAAUAACCGAAACAAUCUCCAAAGGUUCAGUCAAUCAGUUCUCUUGGCGACUCUCGGCGUUCCGGGGAAGAUAGGCUCAAAAACCUCUCCUCAAAGCUAAGUUAUCCAGCCAAGUAGUAUGGAAGUGCGCUUUCUGCAACUUGGCCUUGGUCUUCUACUUCUGUUGGCAGCAAAGCACGACCCCAGUCUUGCGGUUCCUAGCUCUCAAUGCCUGGCGCAGUGUGGCGGUGUUGAGAUUCCGUACCCGUUCGGCAUCGGUGACAAUUGCUCAUUGUCAAGCGGCUUCAACCUCAGCUGCCAGAUCCACGAUGGCGUCUACAAGGCAUUGCUCAGUGGCAUGGAGGUGCUCAACAUUUCCUUGGCUCAAGGCACGAUCAGGGUGCUCAACCCCAUCUCGACAUACUGCUAUAACCUCUCCUCCGGUCAGAUGGAGGAUAAUCAUUGGUUAUUAGAAACAGGAGGUAGCCCGUACCGAUUCUCAGACAUCCACAACAAGUUUACCGUCAUUGGCUGCAACACCAUCGCCUAUAUCUACGACAACACCGGCAUCGGUUACCAAAGUGGGUGUGUCUCAACUUGCAAGAAUCUGUCAGACCUAGUGGACGGAUCCUGCUCCGGAAUUGGCUGCUGCCAGACAGCCAUACCUAGGAACAUGAACUACUACAACGUCUAUUUCAAUUAUGCUUUCAACACAAGCAAAGUUUGGAGGUUCAGCCGUUGCAGCUACGCCGUGCUGAUGGAGGCGGAGGCGUUCAAUUUCAGCACCAAGUACAUCAGCACGACCACAUUCAAUGACACAAGAAUUGGGCAAGCGCCAGUGGUGAUGGACUGGGCGAUAAGAAACGGGACAAUGACAUGUGAGGUCGCCAAACAUAACAUGACGGGCACUUAUGCAUGCCUCAGCACCAACAGCGGGUGCGUGGAUUCAGCCAACGGGCUAGGGUACCUGUGCAACUGCUCCAAAGGGUACCAAGGCAACCCGUAUCUUCAAGGUGGAUGCCAAGAUGUUGAUGAGUGUAGAAGCAGCCCAUGCCCUUCAAGCGGUGUUUGCCACAACACGGAAGGAGGCUACCGGUGUUCUUGUCGAGCAGGAAGGAAGUUUAAUGGGAAAAGAACUACAUGCGACCUUGAUACUGGCUUAAUAAUAGGUUUAGGCAUCGGGCUAGGAGUCUCUAGUGGCAUGCUUCUAGCAUUUGGUAGUCCCUUCAUAAUUCGAAAAAUCAAGGCGAGGAAGGUGAAGAAGAUGAAAGAGAAAUAUUUCAGCCAAAAUCAUGGCUUACUAUUGCAGCAAUUGCUAACACAUAAGGCAGACAUUGGUGAAAGGAUGAUAAUUACUUUAGAAGAGCUAGAGAAGGCCACAAAUAAUUUUGAUAAAGCUCAUGUGAUUGGUGGUGGAGGGCAUGGCAUUGUAUUUAAAGGAAUUUUAGAUCUGCAUGUUGUGGCAAUUAAGAAGUCUAAGAUAGUGGUACAAAGAGAAAUCGAUGAAUUCAUAAAUGAAGUUGCAGUUCUUUCACAAGUAAACCACAGAAAUGUGGUGAAGCUCUUAGGAUGCUGCCUUGAGACAGAAGUCCCAUUACUAGUUUAUGAGUUCAUUUCAAAUGGAACCCUUUAUCAUCAUCUUCAUGUUGAAGGACCUAUAUCACUACCAUGGGAUGAUCGAAUGAGGAUUGCGAUGGAAGUUGCCAGAGCACUAUCCUAUUUACAUUCAGCUACUUCAAUGCCAAUAUUUCAUAGAGAUAUUAAGUCUUCCAACAUACUACUUGAUGAAAGUUUAGUUGCAAAAGUAUCCGACUUUGGAGCUUCUCGAUAUAUACCAUUUGACAAUACAGGAAUCACUACAGCAGUUCAAGGAACAAUCGGUUACCUUGAUCCAGAAUACUAUUAUAGUGGCCGACUAACUGAUAAGAGUGAUGUCUUCAGUUUUGGUGUACUUCUUGUAGAACUACUCACAAGAAAGAAACCAUUUGGCUAUCAGACCGAUGAUGGGGAUGGUCUUGUUUCACAUUUUGUCUCACUACUCAAGGAAGGCAAACUGGUUGGCCUCAUAGACCCUCAAAUCAUGGAGGAUGAAGUUGCAGUAGUUUAUGAAGUAGCAAUACUAGCGGCAAUGUGUACUAAAUUGAGGAGAGAAGACCGACCUACAAUGAGAGAAGCUGAGAUGAGACUUGAAAACAUACUAGUUAAGAAGAAGCAGAUUCCAUAUACUACGGCACCAAGGGAAUAUAAUGAGCAUAAUACUCUGGUUCACUGCAUGUCAAUUGAAAGGGUUAACAAGGAAGCAAGCAGACAAUACACAAUGGAAGACGAAAUAGUUUUGUCAGCAAACUACCCCCGAUGAACUUAUGCAGUCAUGAACAAUGCCUGCUGUAAGCCUGGAAGGACCAAGGAGUAAAAAGCAGAGUGAUGUACGUUUCUGUAUUCUUGAGUUGAGACAAUGCAGCUGAAUUGUUUUCAUUAGCCUGCUUGCUCAUGCAAUGACAUGUGGCAGUGCGAGUGCAGUGUGGUAUAAUUUUUUUUUUGAAACGACAGUGUGGUAUAAUUUGGACACUGAAUGUAGGCUUUGACGAACACAAUCUGCAACUAGUAAAUGAAAUGCAGCUUGGCUGGACGAUGUGCA